CUUGAACUUGCACGACCAGACCGGUAAAACAGACUUUUCUGCCGCCGUUUCUGUGCAUGUGAUGAUCAUCCGGUGAUGAACUUUAAUAACCCGGGAUUUUUUCCUUUACGGAACUGCAGCGGCAGUGGAGGAUCAGCCCAUCAACGACUGCGUCUACAGCCCAGCCUCUCUUCUCAUUGGACUGCACUUCACAGCCAAACUGUCAGCCCAUGUGGCGUGGCCACCGAGGAUGUUACACAUUUAAAUGAACAGACAGUGAGACUCAGGAGGGCGAGAGUAAUGUUUUAGGGCUUGGCCGAGGGGCACAUCGCUGUAACUCUCCAUCUGAACCGGGAAUCAACAAAGAGGAAUAAAGAGGUCAACCUUUAUCCUCAAGGAUCUGCGUCGAACUGUGCCCACAUCCAGAAUCAAACUCUAGCCAGACAUGGAGGAUAUUGUUAUAGCUGGAAUUUCAGGCCGUCUUCCUGAAUCGAACAAUUUGGAAGAAUUUUGGCAGAACCUGUUUAAUGGAGUGGACAUGGUCACAGAAGAUGACAGACGGUGGAAACCAGGUCUGUACGGUCUCCCUCGACGAAAUGGGAAACUCAAAGAAAUCGACAGAUUUGAUGCAGCCUUUUUUGGGGUGCAUCCCAAACAGGCCCACACCAUGGACCCACAGCUAAGGCUUAUGCUAGAGAUAUCGUACGAGGCCAUCGUCGAUGGAGGCAUAAACCCGGUGUCUAUGCGUGGCAGCAAAACUGGCGUCUACAUCGGCGUAAGUGGAUCCGAGGCGGGAGAAGCCUUCAGUAAAGACCCAGAAGAACUGCUGGGCUACAGCAUGACAGGCUGCCAGCGUGCCAUGUUUGCCAACCGCUUGUCUUACUACUUUGAUUUCAAUGGUCCCAGCGCAGCCAUUGACACUGCAUGUUCCUCUAGUCUGCUGGCUCUUGAAAACGCCUUCAAUGCUAUUCGCCAUGGCCAGUGUGAUGCGGCGCUUGUGAGCGGAGUCAACCUGCUUUUCAAGCCUAACACCUCAGUUCAGUUCAUGAAGCUAGGCAUGCUUAGUCCCGAGGGAACGUGCAAGUCAUUUGAUGCCUCAGGAAAUGGGUAUUGUCGCUCAGAAGCUGCUGUCGCUGUACUUUUGACCAAGAAGUCAAUGGCAAAGAGAAUCUAUGCCACUGUGUUGAACGCAGGCAAUAACACGGACGGCUACAAAGAGCAAGGCGUGACCUUCCCAUCAGGCGAUAUGCAGCAGCGUCUGGUCCGUUCUCUCUACCAGGAAGCCAACAUCUCACCCGAGCAGGUGGAAUACAUCGAGGCUCAUGGCACUGGCACAAAGGUCGGGGAUCCUCAGGAAGUGAAUGGCAUUGUUAGUGUAUUCUGUCAGUCACCGAGGGACCCCCUGCUGAUUGGCUCAACCAAAUCCAACAUGGGACACCCAGAGCCUGCCUCUGGAUUGGCAGCACUUGCCAAGGUGGUUUUGUCACUCGAACAUGGCGUCUGGGCUCCCAACAUCCAUUUUCAUGAUCCAAACACUGACAUUCCUGCUCUGACGGAUGGCAGGCUACGCGUGGUGACGGAGCCCAUACCUGUCCGUGGCGGCAUCGUGGGCAUCAACUCGUUCGGCUUCGGGGGCUCAAACGUCCACGUGAUCCUGAGUCCACAUGGUUCAAAAGCUCUAGAUCAGACCACGCCACCUGUAGUCCCCAGACUUGUGCAAGCAUCUGGUCGCACCGAGGAGGCUGUCAAUACUUUGCUUAACAAAGCCCAGGAGCAGAAGGAGAACCCAAGCUUUCUGUCUCUGUUGAAUGAGGUGUCCGGGGUUCCCACGGCUGGCAUGCCUUACAGAGGUUAUGCGGUGAUUGGAGCCCAGGGAGAAGUUAGAGAGGUGCAGCAGACUCAAGGCACACCCAGGCCCCUCUGGUACAUUUGCUCAGGUAUGGGUACACAGUGGGCAGGUAUGGGUCAGAGUCUGAUGCAGCUGCCGGAGUUCCGGGAGUCCAUCCAGCGUUCGGACGUGGCUCUGAAAGACACCGGGCUUUGUGUGUCACAGUUACUCAUGAACGCUGACGAGAGCACGUUUGAAGACACUGUCCAUGCUUUUGUUGGCCUCGCAGCCAUUCAGGUUGCCCAAAUUGACAUGCUGCGGAAGAUGGGUCUACCGCCAGACGGGAUUGUGGGACACUCUGUGGGAGAGUUAGCAUGUGGCUACGCAGACGGUUCCCUGAGCCACAGCGAGGCCGUUUUAGCUGCUUACUGGAGAGGACGCUGCAUUAAAGAGGCCAACCUGCCCGCAGGGGGCAUGGCUGCAGUGGGUCUAACAUGGGAAGAGUGCAAAGCUCAGUGCCCACAGGGUGUCGUUCCUGCCUGUCACAAUGCUGAAGACACGGUUACCAUCUCAGGCCCUCAGGAGGCUGUCAGCAAGUUUGUUGCCCAGCUGAAGAACACCGGUGUGUUUGCCAAAGAAGUGCGCAGCGCUGGUGUAGCUUUCCAUUCGUAUUAUAUGGCUUCCAUUGCUCCUGCCCUUCUGUCUGCAUUGCAGAAAGUGAUUAAGAGCCCGAAGCCUCGUUCACCACGCUGGAUCAGCACGUCCAUCCCACAGGCGGACUGGGAGAGCCCUCUAGCGCUUUACUCUUCAGCUGAGUACCACGUCAAUAACCUGGUCAGUCCUGUUCUCUUCCAGGAGGGACUCAACCAUGUGCCGGACAAUGCAGUGGUGAUCGAAAUCGCCCCGCACGCCUUGCUCCAGGCCAUCCUUAAGCGAAGCCUCAAGCCCACCUGUGCCAUUCUUCCCCUCAUGAAAAGAGGUCACGCCAACAAUCUGGAGUUCUUCCUGUCUCACGUGGGAAAGAUGUUCAUGAACGGGAUAAACGUGGACUGUAAUAAUUUGUAUCCGUCUGUGGAGUAUCCUGUUCCUACGGGAACCCCACUCAUCUCUCCUCACAUUCAGUGGGAUCAUUCCCAGAUCUGGGAUGUGCCCAAGGUGGAGGACUUCCCUGCUGGUUCAGGGGGAUCCACCUCAGCCACCAUCUACAAUAUUGAUAUGAACCCAGAGUCCCCAGAUUACUACAUGAUCGGUCAUUGCAUUGAUGGGCGAGUGCUGUACCCGGCCACAGGGUACCUGGUUCUCGCCUGGAGGACUUUGAUGAGAUCUCUGGGCACGGUUAUGGAACAAACCCCUGUUACGUUCGAAGAUGUCACCAUCCAUAGAGCCACCAUUCUACCCAAGACAGGGUCUGUCCAGCUGGAGGUGCGGCUUAUGCCAGCUACUAACCGUUUUGAGGUGUCUGAGAAUGGAAACCUGUCUGUCAGUGGUAAGGUCAGUGUCUUGGAGGACGCUGCACUCGAGGCCUUCCAUGCUGAACUGGCCAAGCCAAUAGCUGCAGACCAGGAAGACCCUAAACUGCUUUUGAAAGCCGGAGACAUCUAUAAAGAGUUGCGUCUACGUGGAUAUGACUAUGGCAAGACCUUCCAGGGCAUCCUAGAAUCAAACAAUGCCGGUGACUGUGGAAAGCUUCAUUGGACGAGUAACUGGGUAACGUUUUUGGACACCAUGCUGCAGAUGAUAGUGGUGGGGCUCCCCGGUCGUAGUCUGAGACUGCCCACACGUAUCCGCUCUGUGUGUGUGGACCCCAGGCUUCACGAGGAGAAAGUGAAAGACUACUCCGAUGACCAGAAAGCCGUUGACGUCUGUGUUAACCGUUGCAUGGACAACAUCACAGCCGGAGGAGUUCAGAUCUGCGGGCUUCACGCUACGGUGGCACCGCGUCGCCAACAGCAGCAGACUCCGCCCACCUUGGAGGAGUUUGUCUUUGUUCCUUAUGUGGAGUCAGAUUGCCUGAGAACCAAUGAGAAGCUCGGAGAGCAGCUCAGGCAUUGCAAAGGUCUAGUACAGCGUCUGCAGAGGAAACUGGCCAAUCAGGGAGUAAAGAUCUGCAUCCCUGGAUUAGACGGUGCGGCCGAGAGCCAGCUGAUUGAAGCGGAGUCGGAGAAAGGACUGUUGAGGCUUCUGUCGGUGCUGUGCGGGCUGGAGCUGAACGGCAACCUGCGCUCCGAACUGGAACAGACGGUACAGAAGGAGAGAGACUGUCUGCUGCAGGACCCUUUGCUGAACGGCCUGCUGGACUCUCAGGCGUUACGGCACUGUUUGGACACGGCUCUGGAGAACAGCACGCCUGGAAAGCUCAAAGUUCUGGAGGCUUUGUCUACGGAUGGUCGCUUGUUCUCCCGGGCUGUUAGCCUCUUCAACAUCCAGCCCAUGUUACGUCUAGACUACACUGCAUCUGAUGUCUCUGCUGAUCAGCUGGAAGGUCUCCAGAGCUCCCUGGAGGAGCAGGGCAUCACAUCUGCUCAAUGGGACCCUCUGCAGGGCCCGGCGACAGGUGGUCUGACCGGGGCUGAUCUUGUUGUAUGUAACUGUUCAGUAGGACCCGUGGCCAACCCUGCGGUGCUGAUCGAGAACAUGACUUCAGCUGCAAGGGAUGAUGGUUUUGUGUUGCUCCACACCCUACUGAGAGGAGAUACUCUGGGGGAGACAGUAGCCUUCCUUGCAUCUCAAAACAAACCGGAUGGCUUGUUGACUCAGACUGAAUGGGAGAAGCUUUUCCAGCAGGCCUCUUUAAAUGUGGUCAUGCUGAAGAAAUCCUACUACGGCUCGGCUCUGUUCCUCUGCCGCCGACAGACCCCUCAAAAACAACCCGUCACUAUUUCUGUGGACCCCACGGACUACAAAUGGGUGGAUACACUAAAGAGCACUUUGGCGGAGUCAUCCGAUAGCCCCGUCUGGCUGAUGGCCACUCAUGGUCAUAAUGGAGUUGUUGGGAUGGUGAACUGCCUGAGACAGGAGCCUGGAGGCAACCGCAUACGGUGUGCAUUUGUUUCUAAUCUAAGUAAGAGCGCCAAAGUCCCCUCCCUUGUUUCUACUCAUGAGGACUUUCAAGAUGUACUGCAGAGAGAUCUGACCAUGAAUGUGUUUCGUGAUGGGUUGUGGGGCAUCUUCAAGCACCAGUUGCUUUCACAAGAUCUGAGUGAGGAGUCGGUUGAGCAGGCGUAUGUGAAUGUCCUGACCCGCGGUGAUCUCUCAUCAUUGCGCUGGAUCGCUUCACCUCUGCGUCAUUUCGUUCCUUCCAACCCCUACGUGCAGCUAUGCCGCGUUUACUACUCCUCCCUCAACUUCAGAGACAUCAUGCUGGCCACCGGCAAACUUCCCCCAGACGCCAUCCCUGGAGACAUAGCCCUGCAGCAGUGCAUGCUGGGAAUGGAGUUUUCAGGGCGAGACCCCAAUGGGAAACGUGUGAUGGGUUUGCUGCCAGCUAAAGGCCUGGCCACCUGUGUGGACGCAGACAAGCGCUUCCUUUGGGAUGUUCCCAACAGCUGGACGUUGGAGCAGGCUGCCUCUGUACCGGUCGUGUAUGCCACGGCGUAUUACUCUCUGGUGCUGAGAGGACGUUUGAGGCAUGGAGAAAGUGUGUUGAUCCACUCAGGCUCUGGAGGGGUGGGGCAAGCAGCUAUUGCCAUCGCUCUUAGCAUGGGAUGCAGGGUCUUCACAACUGUUGGUUCUGGAGAAAAAAGGGCGUACCUGCAGGAGAAAUUCCCUCAGCUCACAGCAGAUUCUUUUGCUAAUUCUAGAGACGCCUCAUUUGAACAGCAUGUGUUGUUCCACACUCAAGGCAAAGGAGUUGAUUUGGUACUGAACUCACUCGCUGAAGAGAAACUGCAAGCAAGCUUGCGUUGCUUGGCCAGACAUGGUCGUUUCCUGGAGAUCGGCAAAUAUGACCUGUCCAACAAUACGCCGCUAGGUAUGGCUCUGUUCCUCAAGAACGUUUCCUUCCACGGCAUUUUGUUGGAUGCUUUGUUUGAAGAGGGGAACCGGGAAUGGGAGGAGGUAUCAGAGUUGCUAAAGGCGGGAAUUGCCAAUGGGGUGGUGCAGCCGUUACGCACCACUGUCUUCGAGAGAAACCAAGUUGAGGAUGCUUUCCGCUACAUGGCCCAGGGCAAGCACAUCGGCAAGGUCCUGCUGCAGGUCCGUUCAGAAGAGAAGAGCAGUACUGUUUCCACCACGUCUCCUCUCUCCAUCCCCGCUAUAUGCCGUACCUUCUAUCCUGCAUCUCUCUCAUACAUCAUCACUGGAGGUCUGGGUGGUUUCGGGUUGGAGCUGGCUCACUGGCUCACAGAGAGAGGCGCUCGCAAACUAGUGCUAACGUCAAGAUCCGGUAUCCGAAAUGGAUAUCAAGCCAAGCGUGUUCGGGAAUGGCAGGCAAUGGGCAUCCAGGUGCUCGUGUCCACCAGUGAUGUCAGCACACUGGAGGGGACGGAGCGGCUCAUCACCGAGGCUUGCCGUUUGGGACCAGUUGGUGGCAUCUUCCACCUCGCUAUGGUUCUUAAAGAUGGCAUGUUGGAGAAUCUCACCCCACAGCAGUUCAUUGAUGUCAAUAAACCAAAAUAUGAUGGAACCAUCUAUCUUGACCGAGUGACUAGGCAGAAAUGCCCACAGCUUCAGCAGUUCGUGGUUUUCUCCUCGGUCAGUUGUGGCCGCGGUAAUGCUGGCCAGAGCAACUACGGAUUUGCCAACUCCAGUAUGGAGCGAGUGUGUGAGCAGCGUCGUCACGACAACCUGCCGGGCCUGGCCAUACAGUGGGGUGCCAUUGGUGAUGUGGGUGUGGUCUUGGAGACCAUGGGUGGUAAUGAUGCGGUGAUUGGGGGCACGUUGCCUCAGCGAAUGACUUCCUGUUUGGAGGUGCUGGAUAGGUUCCUGUGCCAGCAGAAACCUGUAAUGUCCAGCUUUGUACUGGCAGAGAGGGUGGUGGUCGCCAAAGGAGACGGAGGUGGACAGAGGGAUCUGGUUGAAGCUGUGGCUCACAUUCUAGGUGUGCGAGAUGUGAGUAGUCUGAAUGCUGAUGCCUCAUUGGCCGAUCUAGGUCUUGACUCGUUGAUGGGCGUGGAGGUUAAACAGACACUAGAGAGGGACUACGACAUCGUCAUGGCUAUGAGGGAAAUCCGACAGCUGACCAUUAACAAACUGCGGGAGCUAUCCAGCCAAUCAGGAGGCACUGAUGAAGCCCGAGCUUCUCCUGCAAAGCGUUCAGGUGCUCAGGGUCUGCUGGAAUCAGAUCUGAGUCGGUUGCUGGUGAACCCAGAUGGCCCCACGGUUAGCCCACUGAAUGAGGUCCAGAGUGCAGAGAGACCCUUGUUUCUCAUUCACCCUAUCGAGGGCUCCAUCACCGCCUUCCGCACUCUCACCGCCAAGCUUAGCGUGCCGUGCUAUGGCCUGCAGUGCACCAAAGCCGCUCCGCUCGACAGUAUUCAGAAUCUUGCAUCAUACUACGUGGAGUGCGUGAGGCAGGUGCAGCCGGACGGGCCGUAUCGCAUUGCUGGAUACUCUUUUGGUGCAUGUGUGGCUUUUGAAAUGUGCUCUCAGCUGCAGGCAGCGAAGUGCCCUGUGGAGUACCUGUUCCUCUUUGACGGAUCUCAUUCUUACGUGGCGGCAUAUACACAGAGCUACAGGGCCAAAUUGACCCCUGGCAAAGAGUCGGAGGCUGAGACUGAAGCCCUGUGCGCCUUUAUACAACAGUUUACUGGAAUCGAGUACAACAAGCUUUUGGAGACGUUGUUACCUUUGUCAGACUUGGAGGCUCGCGUAAACAAGGCCGUGGAUCUGAUCACAUCCAGCCACAAGAAAAUCAGUCGAGAUUUGCUCCACUUCGCUGCUUCUACGUUCUACUACAAACUCAAGGCUGCUGACGGAUACGUUCCAACUUCAAAGUAUCACGGCAAUGUCAUGCUGCUAAGAGCCAAAGCCAGCAGCGAAUAUGGUGAAGGGUUGGGAUCUGACUAUAAGCUUCAUGAGGUGUGUGACGGGAAAGUUUCAGUUCAUGUGAUCGAGGGAGACCAUCGGUCCUUCCUGGAAGAAGGUGUGGAAUCGAUGUCGGGCAUCAUCCACAGCUCAUUGGCCGAACCAAGAGUGAGCGCCAGAGAGGGUUGAACAUUCUCUACUAGCAUCUACUCUUUUUCCACCCCCUAGUUACAUUAUAAAGUUUACACCCCUGUAUAUUAAAAUUAGAAAAUCUCUACAUAUUUUACCAACCCCAUGGCAAACUUUAUUCACAAUACAAUCUGUUGUUCUUUGGCACUUCUUGGGUUCUUUUUGCUUGAAUCAAAAGUUCAGUUCAAUCAGGUUAUCCUCUUUCACUCCUUCUAUAAAUAAUCUCUCGGCACUGUGAAACAUCAAAUUCCCUGAAUGAUUAAUAUCAUACAAAAAUAAACUUGCACCUCAUCUUAGUUAAGCGCCAAUAACCCUGCAUAGUGCCUAGAUGUAGUGAUUUGACCCUCUUUUGGUGACACUGUUUGUACCUGAAUGUCUGCUAAAGGUUCUGGCAGCAUCCAUACCUGAAUAUUAAUAAGCCAACCUAAUGAUGCGGACUGCCAAUGCAUGCUUUCAAAUCUACAAAAUAGCUGUUGGGAAUCUAGUUACGCACAUAGCUGAGAACGCUGUUUACCAUAGGUGAGCGGUAACUGAUGCUUUGAGAGUACUAUUGAUAUCUCACCGGUUUGCUUACGUUUACUUCGCUUAUGUAGCAUUUUUGUUGUUGUUGUUAUGAAUGAUAUUUGCUGGUUCUCUUGAUGUUGCUGUUGAACUUGAAGUUAUGCUGCGUUGAUUGUGCAAUUCAUUUGUAUUGAAAAGAGAAAAUAAUAUGUACAAAUAAGAACAUUCCGCAACAUUCCAGGAUAUAAGUAAACAAUAGGGAAGCUAGCUAAUUGACAUAUAGACUAUUUUUUGGGAAAAAAAUCUAUUAUUAAAAUAAUUUUUAAAUAUAUAAACACGAGAAUGAGCUAAAAGUCGAAAGCAAAGUCCAAUCAUAAAACUGAUGUGAAAUGCUGCCGUAUAUUUCCAGCCUGUGCAAAAAUGUUGCGUUGCAGUAUCUACAGACCUAUGGAGUAUUAACCUUGUGUUGAUUUAUUCCUCUUUUAAAUGAUAGUACAAACAUUACUUAUGGUGUUUGUCAGAUGUAUACAUUCUCCCAUAGGUUCUGUGAUUGAAAACCAAUUAAAUUCUUCAGAUCCAGCUUUAAACUGGAGCUCUUCUCUAGUAACGUUUUACUAAGUUCACGUCGUGGUCAGCUCCAGACGCUCACUUAUGUUUUGCACUUAAACGUAAUGUUUGGGAUUGAAAUUGUGGUUGUAUUUUCUUGGCAUUGUCGUGAUAAGUGACUUUCGGUCACGGCAGAACACGGCCUUCUUUUCAGAAAGCAAAUCGCUCUAUAUUUCUGAGACUUCUAUUCGAGUCAGUGACGAACAGUGUGAUUUGUGUGCUUGAGGCAAAGCUGAAAGAGCUAGACAGUUAAUUUGUCUGUUAUUGUAAUAUUAUUUUUCUUUUGGUGUAAUGUUUUCAAGUAUUUAUUGCACUAGUCCAAAUAAAACCUAUUACUAACAUACACAA